AUGGAACCAUCUGUUGCCGUGGGCUACGUGGCCUUGAGCUACACCUGGGGCGAGGUAAUUCCGGUAAGACCCAAGUUUCACAAGCAAAUGGCGGCGAACAACGGCAACACGUGCAUUCCACUCCCCAAAAAGCUACCAGGAACCAUUGCAGCUGCUAUUAAGCUGGCGUCUGACAUUGGCAUUGAGUACUUGUGGGUCGAUUCUAUUUGCAUUGAUCAGGAAGAUAGUUUUGAGAAGCAGGUACAACUAGCGAACAUGGCUGAGAUAUACGGCAGAGCCACGGUCUGCUUGGUUGUGGUAGCUGCAGAUAAUAUGGACUUUGGUCUUCCAGGAUUCAGCAAUAGGCGGACUCGAGACGCACAAUUGCCUUUAUAUGUAUGGGAUUAUACUCUAGGAUGUGGACUAGAACACCCUUCCAACAUUAUUGAGAAGACGUAUUGGAACACAAGAGGCUGGACUUUCCCGCACAUGCUACUGGAUUGCCAUGACAAUUUUGCCUCGCUCUUUCACUUGUACAUUCAGUGUGUGGCAAAGUACACGUCCCGUAGCCUUGGCAGGGCAAGUGAUGGGUUAAAUGCCCUCCAGGGCGUCCUUGGCCCUCUGGAGCGCCACUUUGGAAGCAUCAUACUAAUGGGGCUUCCAAAGAUGCUACUGGCGUCCGCUUUGGUCUGCGAUGUCAGGGACGAUGGAACUUUGAGGCGCCGAUAUCGAACCCAAGAUCCGACGGAACUGAAAUAUCCCCGUCUCCCGUCCUGGACUUUGGCUCCUUGGGAAGGAUCAAUCCAUGUCUCCAUUGUGUCGGACCUCCCAAUGGAGGCUGGGUUCGUGACACUCUUUGCUCAUGAGAAACUUCAGGGGAAUCCGCAACGUUAUCUGGCCGGCAUCCUUCCCAUGGUGGCCCGCGUCGUCGUCUGGCCCACGUCUGAGCAUCAGCCGGCCGGUCCGGGACGCUAUCCCGGGCGCAACCUCUUUUGGGUCCCCAUGUGCGACAUCCGGGACAAGGAUAGAGAUGUUACCGAUGGCAGCGAGGGUGUCUGCAAGUUCAACUCUGCCUACAAUAAUAUCACGCUACAUUAUUGUGAUGGUUCCAGAGACACUGUUGUCAAACUUGGCUCUGAAAAUGUGCCGAGUAUCGCCCGAAAGUCUAAGCAGAAGGUCCAAAUCCCCUUUGGACCGCCACGACCGGCCACUAGGCGUGAUGAAUUUUCGUGUGGUUUCAAAUGCCAGGGACAUAUAUUGGCCCCGACUCGCAAGUUAGUAGCUGUGGUCAAGUACAUCAAGUUUGAAUCCAGUGCCAUGUAUCAAAACGUCGUCAUAUACUACAAUGAUUCCGUUGACUCGGAUAAUCUGGCUGCUGCAAUGGCGCUGAUGCGGGCGAUGGAGACGAGACCAAAUACCCGUCUUCUCUGGAUCGUGGAGCCUCGCCAGGUGUCCUUUGGCCUGAGUCCGACAAAGGAGCAACAAGACGAGUGCGAAAAGGUUGUAAAAAAACACUUUCCUACGCGCGGGAAUCCUUGGAAAAUUCUUUUUGGUGGUCUUCUGAGCGAGAGCGACCUCAACGGCAUUGAGGAGCUUACUCCAAUUGGCGUGACCUGCAUGGCACGUUGGUCCAAAGCUUCGGUUGAGAUAUUCAUGGAUCUCGAGAGCCUCGACGAGAUUGAGAAUCCGGUCAAUCUAAACUUUCAUUACAAGGAAGAACUUGCAGCUCGCAGCGUAGAAGAGCUCAUGUCAUACCAGGAUAUCAUGAAUAAGCCUUUUGCACAACGGGUUGAGAGCCUCAGAGGGUGGUACAGGAGAUGCAUAGAGCGGGCAGAGACGAGGCCAGAGAAUCAUGGAAGCUCGGUUCGCCCUCUCGACUUCAACUCGCUCUGCGAUGCCAUCCAGACGGCGGGCAGUGUCCGCUUUUUUGGAGGCGCAUCGCUUACAAUCCUCCAGCGAUUCAUUCAAAGAGGUGUUGCCAGCAAUGUGCGGUGCCAUCUUCAAGUGGGGUCCUACGAUCCAUCUGCCAACCUGUUCCCAAACCAGUUUAACAUUUCGCUUAAUCCAAAAGCCGCCAGGUUUGUUUUUGAUCAUUUUACAGAAUUUUCUGACUUUGCCGUCGUGCCGAGCCACGCAGCACAGAGUACUAAAUACUCAUUGGCGGGCUUAAAGCACGAGGGCGGGCGUUGCUUGGAGAGGAGAGUACUAGGUUUCAACUGCCAUGAGGACCCUCUGAAGAUUGCUGAGAAGCAAGUCACCAUAGAGAAGGAUUAUCCGAACCGAGCAUGCACCAUGCCUGAUCUUACUGCAUUCCUGUGUGCACUUAUCCCUAACUUCAAUGGCUCAACCUUGGGUUAUGCACAGGUCGACGAUGAUAACGGUGCGCUUAUAUUCAGAAGGGAAAGCUCAGGCAUUCCAAUGUAUGAUAUAAUGGAUAACAGAACCUUGAAGGAAACCGAGGUUGUUGCUACAUUGUCGUCGUUAGCAGCCGGAAAGGACAUGCCAGAGCUUGUGUUAUAA